AUGGCUACCGGCAGGCACUCGGAACGGAUUGCCGACGUCGCAGCUUCGUGUUCUGCUGUGUUCUCAGAGUACCUGGCCUCGUCAACUCCAAUGUCCAAGGAUGGCGUUGAAGAGCUGCAAAGUCGAUUCAACCUUUGGGCAGCCUACACUGGGGCUUUCGCCCCAGCCGGCACCUCUUUGGACGACCGAUUGAGGUUUCAUGAAGAUGUCAAACGGAUGGUUCUCAAGCUAUUACACAUGCUACAUCGCAACGUUCAAAGCGCUCUUCAAGCGGACCGUAGAAACCUUUCCAACAUGGCCAGCGGACUGUGGGCUUCAGGGUUCGGAAAUUCCAAUGAAGGCACUUUCCACGGUCUUGUGGCUGCGUCGGCGGCCCUGGAUCGACUUCACAGACUCUCCAUUGCAAUCCGACGAUCUUCCGCCGAAAAUCGAAAGGACAAGCUGUUACAGAGCGAAGACUCCGAAAGAGACCUGUUUUUCAGGCAAUGUAUUCUCUUGUUCGUCCAAGAGCGGUUUCCGUCCGCUCGUUCCAGCCUGCAAGAACACUUAGCGGAUGCGCUAUGUUUUCAGCGCAAGCGCUUGAUAUAUCAGCCACGCCACAAUAAGAAGCUUGCUCACCAGGAAAUCCAGCAGCUGGACACCGGACGGACUAAUGCACAGCUCACAGAACGGACGUUGCACGAUUUCCAGUUGCGGAACACAGAUCGGAUUCUCCAUCCUCCAGCCGCAGCAACCGCUCCUAUGGGAGCAAUGUCAACCACUGACGCCUCGGUGCCGAAUGCACAGGUUCGUCGAAUGCUAAUGAAGCCCAACAGGUUCGCUCCGACCGUGGUCAGUACCGGGUCAAUCCUCCAAAAGGAACCUCUCAGUUACCCAGACCCCCCUCGACAUCAUCCAGGACAAAAGCUUCUCCCUUGUCCUUAUUGCGCAGAACCAUUGCUGACUGCCAAUCUCGAUUUCAAGCGUAGAGCCAAUGUUGUCUUUUGGGAGGCGCACGUCAGUCAGGACCUGGAGCCAUACUUUUGCAUAUCAGAAGCAUGCGAAAAACCUCUCCAGUCUUUUGCCCGGUUCCAGGAUUGGUACGAUCAUAUGAACUCGGUGCAUACCCCAAAAUGGCACCAGAUAAUUCACAUGCUGAGUUGGUAUUGUGACCUGGGACAUGAUGAGCGGAUCCUGUUUGCUACCAGACAAGCAUACGAAGCUCAUAUGCGCGAAGUGCAUGGGGACCUUACUAGGGCACAAUUCCUCGCCCGCACGAAGCGGAGCAAGUUCACGGCGCAACGAGAAAUCCUGACCUGCCCCUUUUGUGACGCAGUUCCCGACAAGCUUCAGUUCAUUGAUGCUAUGAAACGAGCAGAUGAAGCCUUGGAAGUACUGGCAAAGCAUGUCGCUAUCCACAUCAAAGCGCUGUCCCUUUUGACCUUUCGCUUACUCCCAUCGAGUGAUGAUGAUGUUGUCGGUGACAAUGUCGAGAGUGAAGUCUCUCACAUUCUUCAGUCAAUCUCUAGGGAGCCAUCAAUUCCGUAUCAAGAUAACAUCGAAGGCUCGGUAGACUUUGGAGAUGACCCUCAGGAUCUUCACCUCGCCAAUUUUCAGAAUAAUGAAAUGGAGGUAGGAUCUCCUCCACGGGACACGCCGGAGCCGGAGUACUGGACAUUCUUGCCUUCUUUCGAACAUCUGAACAGGGACAACCCCGAUAUAGGACAUCAACAUCAUAAAAGCAAGCCGUCUCCGUUAUCGCUGCUACGAACUCCAUCGGUGCCUUCGGAUUCGGCAAACUCAAAUGCUAGCUCGAUUGAUUUGGAGCGGCCCGUUGAAACGCCUGUCGAUUCUAACGCACCCCGCACCUAUUGGCUUCUUCCGCCGAUCAAGCCUCAUUUGAAGGGUCGAAAAACGCUGGUUUUGGACCUCGACGAAACACUUAUCCAUAGCAGCUUCAAGAUCGUGCACCAAGCUGAUUUUGCGAUACCGGUCGAGGUCAAAGGUCAAUAUCAUAACGUCUAUGUGAUCAAACGGCCUGGAGUCGACGCAUUCAUGGCACGAGUUGGCCAGCUUUUCGAAAUCGUCCUUUUCACGGAGUCCAAAUCGCAUUAUGCGGAUCCGGUUCUAGACCAAUUGGACAUUCACCACGUCAUCCAUCAUCGACUGUUCCGCGAGUCCUGUUACAAUCAUCAAGGCAACUACGUCAAAGACUUGUCUAUGCUGGGGCGGGAUCUGCAGUCCACAAUCAUCGUGGACAACUCGCCGGCAAGCUACAUAUUCCAUCCUCAGCACGCUCUCCCGAUCAGUUCAUGGUUCUCCGAUGCUCAUGACACUGAGCUUCUAGACCUCAUUCCGGUGUUGGAGGAUCUCGCUGCCUCCAAUGUGAGGGAUAUCAGUCUCGUUCUGGAUAUAGCUCUCUAG